AAUAUGCACUAUCGCUAGCACCAAUAUUAAAAAUCCUAAAACCGUAACAUCCAGUACACCUACUUCAAUCUUUAGUGCACCUAUUUCUACCCCUAGUACACCUACUUCCAUUCCUAGUACUUCUAUCCCUAGUACACCUACUUCUGUGUCUAAUUCAUCUACUUCUAUCCCUAAAGAUAGUUGUUGUGUUUCUGGUGGACCUGGACGAAACGGUUCAUAUACCGUAGAUCUAACAAAUAUAGUGCCUUAUAAUUCUGCUUUAAAUUUAAGUUCUGUAGAAGAAUGCUGCAAAUCAUGUUACGAUGAGCCUAGAUGCGCUACCUAUUAUUAUUCUUUCAAUGGUGCAAAAAGUGUUUGUUAUCAUUAUGACACUUCAACUAUGUGCGGUUCUCAACUAUUCCAAGCACCAUUAUCGUAUAUGGCGAUAGGAGAAUUAGGAUGUGGUUUUUGUAGGACAUAA